AUGCAGGGAAAUGGGGAUGGUGGCUCGGGGCUGCUGCGAGGGCAGCGGCCGGAGCUGGAAGUUGAUCUGGAGGAAGAAGAGGAAGAUGCAGGCUCUCAAAAUGAAGAAGAUGCUCAGGCGUGGCGGUGCCUGUUUCAGAUUCCUGCCACAGUCGCUGUGACCCUCUCCCUGCAGGGCAGCAAGGAGCGCUUCCACUGGCAGAGCCACAAUGUCAAGCAGAGCGGAGUGGAUGACAUGGUCCUGCUCUCCAAGAUCUCAGAGGAGGCCAUUGUGGAGAACCUCAAGAAGCGCUUUAUGGACGAUUACAUCUUCACCUACAUCGGGCCGGUGCUCAUCUCCGUCAACCCCUUCAAGCAGAUGCCGUACUUCACCGACCGAGAGAUCGAGCUGUACCAGGGGGCGGCUCAGUAUGAAAAUCCCCCCCACAUCUAUGCGCUGACGGACAACAUGUACCGAAACAUGCUGAUCGAUGGGGAGAACCAAUGCGUCAUCAUCAGUGGAGAAAGCGGGGCCGGGAAAACAGUGGCAGCGAAAUACAUCAUGGGCUACAUCUCCAAAGUGUCCGGGGGUGGCGACAAGGUGCAGCACGUGAAGGACAUCAUCCUGCAGUCCAACCCACUGCUGGAAGCCUUCGGCAACGCCAAAACCGUCCGCAACAACAACUCGAGCCGCUUUGGGAAAUACUUCGAGAUCCAGUUCAGCCGGGGCGGUGAGCCCGACGGGGGGAAGAUCUCCAACUUCCUGCUGGAGAAGUCACGGGUGGUGAGCCAGAACGAGCACGAGAGGAACUUCCACAUCUACUACCAGCUCAUCGAAGGGGCGUCCCAAGAGCAGCGGCAGAACCUGGGCAUCAUGAGCCCGGAUUAUUACUACUACUUGAACCAGUCGGACACGUACCAGGUAGAAGGCACGGACGACCGCAACGACUUCCAUGAGACCAUGAACGCCAUGCAGGUGAUCGGCAUCCGGGGCGAGGACCAGCAGCUGGUGCUGCAGAUCGUGGCAGGGAUCCUCCACCUGGGCAACAUCAGUUUUCGGGAGGAGGGCAACUAUGCCCAGGUGGAAAAUGCCGACUCCCUGGCCUUCCCUGCCUACCUGCUGGGCAUCGACCGCGACCGCCUCAACAGCAAGGUCACCAGCCGCAAGAUGGACAGCAAGUGGGGUGGACGCUCCGAGUCCAUCACUGUCACCCUCAACGUGGAGCAGGCAGCUUACACCCGGGACGCCCUGGCCAAGGGGCUCUAUGCUCGUGUCUUUGACUUCCUCGUGGAGUCCAUCAACCGAGCCAUGCAGAAGCCGUACGAGGAGUACAGCAUUGGGGUGCUGGACAUCUACGGCUUCGAAAUAUUCCAGAAAAAUGGUUUUGAGCAGUUCUGCAUUAACUUUGUGAACGAGAAGCUGCAGCAGAUCUUCAUAGAGCUGACCCUGAAGGCAGAACAGGAGGAGUACGUGCAGGAGGGCAUCAAAUGGACCCAGAUCCAGUACUUCAACAACAAGGUGGUGUGCGACCUGAUAGAGAACAAGCUGAACCCUCCCGGGAUCAUGAGCGUCCUGGAUGACGUCUGUGCCACCAUGCACGCCACCGGCGAGGGCGCUGACCAGACCCUGCUGCAGAAGCUGCAGGCGGCCGUGGGCACCCAUGAGCACUUCAACAGCUGGAGCUCGGGCUUCGUCAUCCACCACUACGCAGGCAAGGUCUCCUACGAUGUGAACGGCUUCUGUGAGCGCAACCGGGACGUGCUCUUCACUGACCUGAUUGAGCUCAUGCAGAGCAGCGAAUACGGUUUCAUCCGGAUGCUUUUCCCGGAGAAGCUUGAUUCUGACAAAAAGGGCCGCCCAACCACUGCGGGCUCCAAAAUCAAGAAACAGGCUAACGACCUGGUGAACACGUUAAUGAAGUGCACACCACACUACAUCCGCUGCAUCAAGCCCAACGAGACCAAGAAACCCCGUGACUGGGAGGAGAGCAGGGUGAAGCACCAAGUCGAGUACCUGGGGCUGAAGGAGAAUAUCCGCGUACGCCGGGCUGGUUUCGCCUACCGCCGCCUCUUCCAGAAAUUCCUGCAACGCUACGCCAUCCUCACCCCCGAGACUUGGCCGUGCUGGCGCGGGGACGAGCGGCAAGGCGUGCAGCACUUGCUGCGCUCUGUCAAUAUGGACCCAGACCAGUACCAGAUGGGACGGAGCAAGGUGUUCGUCAAGAACCCCGAGUCGCUCUUCCUCCUGGAGGAGAUGCGGGAGCGGAAAUUUGACGGCUUCGCCCGGGUGAUCCAGAAGGCCUGGCGCCGGCACGUCGCCAUCCGGAAAUACGAGCAGAUGCGAGAGGAGGCCUCCAGCAUCCUCUACAACUGCAAAGAGCGGCGGAGGAACAGCAUCAACAGGAAUUUUGUGGGCGAUUACCUGGGCAUGGAGGAGCGGCCGGAGCUGCGGCAGUUCCUAGCCAAGAGGGAGCGGGUUGACUUCGCCGACUCCAUCACGAAGUAUGACCGGAGGUUCAAGCCCAUCAAGCGGGACUUCAUCCUCACCCCCAAGUACUUUUACCUGAUCGGGCGGGAGAAGGUGAAGAAAGGCCCUGAGAAGGGGCAAAUCAAGGAGGUGCUCAAGAAGAAGGUGGAGAUCCAGGCGGUGAGCGGCGUCUCGCUGAGCACCCGGCAGGAUGAUUUCUUCAUCCUCCAUGAGAACGAUGCUGACAACUUCCUCGAGUCCAUCUUCAAGACGGAGCUGGUCAGCCUGCUGAGCAAGCGCUACGAGGAGCUUACCCAUACCAAGCUGCAACUCACCUUCAAAGACACACUACAGUUUCGGGUGAAGAAGGAGGGCUGGGGCGGCGGCGGCACCCGCAAUGUCACCUUCAUGAGAGGACAGGGCGACGUGGCCAUCCUCAAAGCUGGAGGCAAAACCCUUACGGUCAGCAUCGGGGACGGGCUCCCCAGGAACUCCAAGCCCACAAGGAAGGGGGUGACGCAGAGCAGAGGUGGCAGCAGGUAUCCAGCACCUUCCCGGAGUGCCCCCCCAGCACCCCAAGGCACCUGCAAGAACGGGGCUCCCCAGUUCCCACGUGGGAACAGCCGGGCUCAGCGGGACACCUACAAGACACCCCAGAAGCAGGCGCGGGCACCACCGGCCACAGUGCUGCCCACCCAAAGCACAAACCGCCGGCCAAAGACACGGCCCCCAUCCGAGCAGAACAUGGAGUUCCUCAACGUGCCUGACCAGGGGGUGGCCGGCAUGCAGCGGAGGCGAAGCGUGGGCCAGCGGCCACCCCCGGCCGGGCGCCCCAAGCCGCAGCCCAAGGUGGCCACGCCGCGCUGCCGUGCACUGUACCAGUACAUCGGGCAGGACGUGGACGAGCUCAGUUUCAACGUGGGGGACAUCAUCGACAUCCUGCUGGAAGAUAUUUCUGGUUGGUGGAAGGGACGGCUGCAUGGCAAGGAGGGGCUUUUUCCUGGGAACUACGUGCAGAAGAUCUGA